GCUGACGCAGCCAGAGUGCGGGCAGUCGGGGAGCGGGCGUUGAUUGGUGGUUACCUCCCUGACCAACCGCCGCCGCCUGAAACUGUAGCGGCGCAGCGACAGGGGACGGGCCGACACUAGCAGCCUACAGCACGACAGGGCGAAGUGUUAACAUGGUCCGACGAGCGCCGACUGUAAUAUAUUAAGACCUUUCUUUCAUUGCGAAUUAUUCCCGGAUUUUGGCCUGGAUUUCCAGGGAGCAGUUCUAUACAGAGAACAGAAGCCUUGGACUGUGGAUUUUUUUUAAGGCAGUGAAAAAGAGAAGGUGGGGUCGCCAGGAGGAGGGCAGCGCCAAGCGUAGCCCAGCAGUCUGCUUUACCCGGCUGCUUCACUAUCAAUCAGUCUUCGUUUCGCUGGUGCUGUCUGGAGGAAAAAAAAUCUUUUUCAUUCAUUGUGUCCUGAAUUCUUUAACUGAUCUACACGGGAAACGUUUUGUUUUAAAGACCAAUUUCCACAUUAGAGGGAGUUUUUUUUUACUUUGAAUUCCCUCUCAAAAUUCUGAUUUUAAUUAUCGACUAUGGCCGACGACGACGUCCUGUUUGAAGAUGUAUAUGAGCUGUGUGAAGUGAUUGGCAAGCCCUACCCGCCUCCUGCAGGGCACAAUUCAAGAGUGUGAUGAAAUGCUCUCCACUUGGAUAUGUAAAGCUCCCAAAAACAUCCAGGAAGCUAGACACUAUCUAGGACAAAGGGGACCAUUCAGUGUUGUGCGACGAUGUAUCAACAGAGAAACAGGGCAGCAGUUUGCUGUGAAGAUUGUAGAUGUUGCCAAAUUCACCUCCAGUCCUGGCCUGAGUACGGAAGAUUUAAAAAGAGAAGCCAGUAUCUGUCAUAUGCUGAAACAUCCACACAUUGUAGAACUUCUAGAAACAUACAGCUCGGAUGGAAUGCUCUAUAUGGUUUUUGAAUUUAUGGAUGGUGCAGACCUCUGUUUUGAAAUUGUGAAAAGAGCAGAUGCAGGUUUUGUUUACAGUGAAGCUGUGGCCAGUCACUACAUGCGACAGAUACUAGAAGCACUACGCUAUUGUCAUGACAAUAAUAUCAUUCACCGUGAUGUGAAGCCACAUUGUGUGUUACUUGCUUCAAAGGAAAAUUCAGCACCUGUGAAACUUGGUGGAUUUGGAGUGGCCAUUCAAUUAGGAGAAUCUGGGCUUGUUGCUGGAGGUCGUGUAGGAACACCACAUUUUAUGGCACCAGAAGUUGUCAAAAGAGAACCAUAUGGAAAGCCAGUCGAUGUUUGGGGUUGUGGAGUUAUACUUUUUAUCCUCCUAAGUGGUUGUUUGCCAUUUUAUGGAACAAAGGAAAGAUUGUUUGAUGCUAUUAUUAAAGGAAAACAUAAGAUGAACCCUAGGCAAUGGGUCCAUAUCUCAGAGAGUGCAAAGGAUUUGGUUCGUCGUAUGCUAAUGUUGGACCCUGCAGAAAGAAUAACUGUUUAUGAAGCUCUUAAUCAUCCAUGGCUUAAGGAACGAGAUCGUUACGCAUACAAAAUUCACCUCCCUGAAACUGUGGAACAGCUAAGGAAAUUUAAUGCAAGAAGGAAAUUGAAGGGGGCAGUAUUAGCAGCUGUGUCAAGCCACAAAUUCAAUUCCUUCUAUGGAGACCCUCCGGAAGAACUGCCUGAUUUUUCUGAAGACCCCACUUCCUCAGGACUGCUAGCUGCAGAAAGGAUGAAAGAGAUUUUAAUGAAUCCACAUGUGUCAAGAAGGGCUGUUUCACAGGUUCUGGACAGUUUGGAGGAAAUCCAUGCGCUAACAGACUGCAGCGAAAAGGACCUGGAUUUUUUGCACAGUGUUUUCCAGGAUCAGCAUCUCCAUACGCUUCUUGAUCUGUACGACAAGAUCAACACAAAGUCAUCACCACAGAUUAGAAAUCCACCCAGUGAUGCUGUCCAGAGAGCCAAAGAGGUUUUGGAAGAGAUUUCAUGCUAUCCUGAAAACAGUGAUGCGAAGGAAUUGAAGUGUAUCCUAACACGGCCUCAUUUUAUGGCUUUGCUGCAGACACAUGACGUCGUGGCACAUGAAGUAUACAGUGAUGAAGCACUGAGAGUGACACCACCACCAACUUCUCCUUAUUUAAAUGGUGACUCACCAGAAAGUGCAAACGGAGACAUGGACAUGGAAAAUGUAACACGUGUUCGACUAGUUCAGUUCCAGAAAAACACAGAUGAACCUAUGGGCAUCACUUUAAAAAUGAAUGAAUUGAACCACUGUAUUGUUGCAAGGAUAAUGCAUGGAGGAAUGAUACAUAGACAAGGAACACUCCAUGUUGGUGAUGAAAUCAGAGAAAUAAAUGGCAUCAGUGUAGCUAACCAGACAGUGGAACAGCUUCAAAAGAUGCUUAGGGAAAUGAGAGGCAGUAUCACCUUCAAGAUUGUGCCAAGUUAUCGCACUCAAUCUGCUUCCUGUGAGAGAGAUUCCCCUUCCACAUCCAGACAAUCCCCUGCUAACGGCUAUAGCAGCACUUAUAAUUCUGUUUCGGAUUUGCCAUCAACUACACAACCAAAAGGACGACAGAUUUAUGUUCGAGCACAAUUUGAAUAUGAUCCAUCAAAGGAUGACCUUAUACCUUGUAAAGAGGCUGGGAUCCGGUUCCGAGUUGGAGAGAUCAUACAAAUCAUCAGUAAGGAUGACCACAAUUGGUGGCAGGGGAAAUUAGAAAACUCUAAAAAUGGUACAGCUGGACUCAUCCCCUCGCCUGAACUCCAGGAAUGGCGUGUUGCAUGUAUAGCAAUGGAAAAGACCAAACAAGAACAGCAGGCUAGCUGUACCUGGUUUGGAAAGAAGAAGAAACAAUACAAGGAUAAAUAUCUGGCCAAACACAAUGCAGUCUUUGACCAACUAGACCUUGUUACAUAUGAAGAGGUAGUAAAACUACCAGCCUUCAGAAGGAAGACGCUAGUCUUACUAGGGGCCCAUGGAGUAGGGCGAAGACACAUUAAAAACACUCUGAUCACAAAGCAUCCAGACAGAUUUGCAUACCCUAUUCCACAUACUACCAGACCUGCCAGAAAAGAUGAAGAAAAUGGUAAAAAUUACCAUUUUGUUUCACAUGAUCAAAUGAUGCAAGAUAUUUCCAAUAAUGAAUAUCUGGAGUAUGGCAGCCAUGAGGAUGCGAUGUAUGGAACAAAGUUGGAAACGAUACGCAAAAUCCAUGAACAAGGACUAAUUGCAAUACUUGAUGUUGAACCCCAGGCUCUAAAGGUUUUACGAACUGCUGAGUUUGCCCCAUUUGUCGUUUUUAUUGCUGCGCCAACCAUUACUCCAGGCAUGACUGAGGAUGAAUCUCUUCAGCGUUUGCAGAAGGAAUCAGAAAUUUUACAGAAAACAUAUGCACACUACUUCGAUCUAACCAUAAUCAACAAUGAAAUAGAUGAAACCAUCAGGCAUCUGGAAGAAGCCAUUGAACUUGUGUGUACUACACCACAGUGGGUCCCUGUAUCCUGGGUAUAUUAAGGACUAGAUGGAAAAAUCAUGAACUUUAUCAUUCCCUAGCACCACCCUGACAUUAGACUUUGUAAAUGACCUCGCAUCAAGUCUUACCCCUUAUAGACAGUCUAGGAUUAGUGUACCCUAAUUUUUUUUGACUAUUGUCAUGUCCUACUAGAUGGAUGGAAAGAUAAAAGUUACCAAACUCUUACAGUGACAGUGUCCCUUUUUAAAGCUGUGUGAGCCUUGCAAUUGUUAUCAAAAAUUCAGAUCUACAUAUGCUUUCUGAUCUGUAUGGAUCCAGUAAUUCCAAAUGGCCCUGGAAACUUAUGCAAACUCUGUUAUCUCCAAUUUUUUUUCAAGUAAAUUUUAAAUGCUACUAACCAGUCCAAUUUAUUUUGAAAAUAGUUUUAAAAUAGUAAGAACUUACCAUUAGUGCUGGCUAAUUGAAGCUUAAUUUCAUUAUGGUGAUAAAACAAGUGCAGAAUAUAAACCUUUUAGUUUAGUCCCCACAUGAAGAUCAAAAAAACAUGAGCACAAGCAUUAAUUGAUAUUUUUGAGUCUGCAGUGUUACAGUGGUCAGAGUGUGAAGUAAAUUUAGAUUUGAUUUUUUUCUUACAUAAACCAAUCAGGGCUAUUAAAGGGAUACCGUCAUUUACAAUUUAAAGAUGUACAAACAUUUUAGGAUUUGAAUCAGGAUUUACUGCAUGUGGACAGUUACAAGCAUUCAUGCUGUUGGUGUAUCUGUGUUGGAAACUGUAUUCUACAGCAACGUACAUUCCAUUUGUUGGAAAAUUACCCAAGGGAAUUAUUGUUCAAAAAAACUGUAAACCUAUGCACAUCCCUUGCAUUGUGGGCAAGUUUAUAAACGACUGAUUUUUAAAUCAUGUAGUGAAAUGUGUUUGUACUUUGUUGCAAUUUACGUUGUUCUAAGGGGAAGAAUUAAGAGUUUCACCAUUUCAAAUGUGUGUUGUCUUUGAAUAUAAAUAUUUUAAUUACG